AACUCAAAUUAAGAAUAAGAAGAAAUGUCAAAGUGUUUUGUCAAAAUGAAUCAACACGCGGGUGCUUUUUCUCCAGAUCGUAAAUUCUUUGCAAAUAUCAGUGAUGAUGGGAAAUUAAAGGUGUGGGAUGUGGAAACGAAUGAGCUGAAGCAUGAUUAUGCCACCAGUAUUGUGAACAGUAGUCCCUGUACCUGUCUCACCUGGAUCACUCUCAAACAUGGUUUGUCGAAGAAAUCACGCCGGUCAACAAUUUCCGGACAGGAUUUUCUUGCUCUGGGCACCACGACGGGCAGUGUUUUGGUAUUCAGCUUGAGCGCAGGAAAGGUUGAACACACACUGAAGGGAGAUGGGCACAUGGGAGGCAUUACGAGUUCUUCGUGGGACAAAACACGAACACUCUACACUUCCGGGGAGGAUUGCAAGGUGAUUGUGUGGGAUUUGGAGAAAGGAAGCUCCACGGGGGAGUGGGCAACAACCAAUGAACGCCUCACGUGCAUCAGUUGCACUGCAUCCGGAGAGGGAGUCAUUACAGCUUCACGGCAGGUGCGCCUGUGGGAUCCCAGCACACGCGUGUGCCAGCAAACCUUCACCGGGCACACGUCUACAGUCACACACGUGUGUACCUUCACCGUAGAUGGGGCAGAAUAUGCAAUUUCCGCGGCCAAAAUGGACCGAAAUGUGUCAAUGUGGAGCUUAGAUGGAGGGAAGAAGCAAAAGGAUGCUGUUGCAACAUUCAUUGUGGAUGAUUUAGUGGCCACACUGGAUGCCGCAGUACACGGGGGGGCUGUUCACAUUGUGGCCUCAACGAGAAAUGGGCUAAUUCACAUCUUCACGGAGGCUCCGGAAAAGAUUCUCAACUCCGUGAAGCCCAUUAAGACACGUUGGAGGAUGUCAAUUGUAACCGAUAACCGGAAGACAGCUGAAUCCCUUCCCAUUGUCUCAGCGAAAUUCACCCCAAAUGGGGCCCUUCAGCUUGCCUACGGCGCAUCGGGAUGCGUUCGUUUUGAAGUUGUUACCCCAAAGCGUAAGGAGAAGUACGAAGUUCUCAUCCGGGAUGACCCGAGGAAGGUAAAAAGUGGCAAAGACGCCCCCGGGAAGCACAUUCUGGUGGAUCCGGGAAAAGUUAACUACGCCCUGGGUGGGGAGGGGAGGAAAACCAUGAAGACCAUUGAGAUUCCAAUGGAGAAACGCCUGGAGAAUCUUAUGCUGUCCAAGGAACACACAGCUGGUGGGGUGAUGCCCACAAAGAACAUGCAUUACCUCAUUCAGGCGCUCCACAGCAGGGAUCCCGUUAUUUUGCAAGAUGUUCUCCUGACGAAGGACAGGAGGAGUAUAAAGACAACACUUAAAUACCUUCCACCGCAAUACAUUAGGCCGCUAAUUGGUCAACUGACGCUCUUUAUGCAGCAGAAAAUCAAAAACAUUGAAUGCGCUACAGUGUGGAUGCAAAUGCUGAUUCAGUUGCAUGUGAGUCAGCUAAUGGCUGUUGGAGCGGAGGAUUUACGCGAUGAAUUGCGCCCCUUUUUGGGGAUUGUUGAGCAUCGUGUUGCGAAUUUGCAGGCCUUGACACGUGUCCGGGGGCGUCUUGAUUUGAUCUUGAUGCAAAUUGAGGGAAAUGCAACGAUGGAUAGUGAGGAAAUUGCCAAGAUUAAUCGAAAUCUCAUUGUGCACCAGGAUAAGGGAAGUGACACCGAUUCGGACAUUGGGCUGGAGGACAGGACGAAUGCUUCGUCGGACAGUGGGUGGAAGGAUUCAUCAGAUGAGGAGGGGAACGGUGCGGGGGAGGCGGAGGAGAGUGAGGAAAGUGAUGAGGAGGAGGAAAAUGAUCAGGAGAUGGGAGAGAAUGACGAAGAAAUGGAAGUUUCCGAUUGAUGGGAAUAAAAACGAGAGAGAGAAAAAAAUCAGAA